ACUCAAACCCAUGCUCCGCUCCACACAGUGCCUCUGGCUGACUGCCACAUGGUUUUCAACAGAAACUGAAUGGAUUCUGGGACAUCUGGAGCUGGAGGAACAUUUUUUUUUCUUUUUGUAAAGCACCCAGCUUCGGUAUUUUGGUGGUAGCAACACAACACACACCAAGAAGUGAUCUGGAAUUCAGUGGCCCUUGCUUCAACUGCUCUAUCAAGGGGAGCUAUAGCCUUCAACAACCUGUCCCACCCCUCUCUGGGCUACUCAACUUUAUAGGUGACACUGGUCAUCAGCAUCCAUUGGGAAAAGAAUGAGAUACAAAAUAUUAAUCCUAUCGCUAUUGGUUCUAAUGUCUCUCUAUGCCCAGUAUAGAGAAUACCCUUUCAGCAUAAAGAAACUGCAGAUGACGUAUCAGUGCUGGUCUCUGAAAAACCAACCAGAACUCCAGCCCUCAGACUGGUUUAACGCCACAAUGGACUCAACACACAUGGGCAUGAGAGCUACUAACUGGUCCGCUCCGAUUGUGUGGACCAACACUUACAAUGAGUUAGUCUUGGCAAGUUAUUAUAAGAAGCAUCCAGUUACCGUGGGGUUGAUCGUGUUUGCAGUGGGAAGAUACCUUUUGUACUACUUGGGUCACUUCCUGGAAUCUGCCGAUAGGUUCUUCAUGGUCAACCAGAAGGUCAUCAUUUACAUCAUGCUGGACGACUUCUCCUAUAUGCCAUGGGUAGAUCUGAGUCGCCAUCGGACACUAAAGAUUUUUAAGAUUAAGCAAGAGCGGAGGUGGCAAGAUAUCAGCAUGGUGCGCAUGAAGGUCAUCAGUGAACACAUCGCAGGUCACAUACAGCAUGAGGUUGACUAUGUCUUCUGCAUGGAUGUGGAUCAGAUAUUCAAAGCCAAGUACGGUCUGGAGACUCUGGGAGACUCUGUAGCUCAGUUGCACACGUAUUGGUACAAGGAAAGUCCAAGCAAAGUACCUUAUGAGAGGAACAAGUCAUCAGAAGCGUACAUAGCAGUAGGCGAGGGGGACUUUUAUUACCAUGCUGCUGUUUUUGGAGGCACAACCACUCAGGUUUUCAAGAUUACCAAGGAGUGUGCCAAAGCAAUUAUGAAAGAUAAGAAAAAUAACAUUGAAGCAGUUUGGCAUGAUGAAAGCCAUUUAAACAAGUAUUUCUUUCUCCAUAGACCCACUAAACUCUUGUCACCAGAAUAUUGCUGGGAUUUAAGUAAGAAUAAGACUUCUGAUAUUAAGACUGUCAAACUCGCUUGGAACUUUAAGAACUAUAAAUUUCUUAGAAGGCGCCUAUAAUUUUAUAGCCCUUCCUUUGCAUUUCUGAACUGUGGAGUAUCAAUUUUCUUGGAAAAUUAGCAGCUGGCAUAUUCUGACAAUAAAAAAACAAUCAUUACAAAGUGCCAAA